AUCUAUGUGUGCUGGGUCACACACUUAAAAAUGGCAACUUUCCCCAUUCUCUCAGAUCAAAAUUAUUGGUAUUAUUAAUAUUAAUUUAUGUUGGGGAAUUGUUUAUUGUUCUCUCACUCUCUUCAGUUUCAAGCCGGAGAUCGCUUUUUCUUACAAUCUCAGCUGCGUUUGUUCUUCGUUGUUUGUGAUUCUCAGCGCAGCUCCUUCUGUUUUCCCUACAAUUUCAAAUUUCAGGCUAUUUCUUUCCUACUCUUUCAUCAGCUUUAAUAUAUACUUUUAAUUUAGAUUAAUGGAUAUAAUUUCUCCGGUCAUUGGAGCAAUUGUGGAAUACACUAUAGAAUCCAUUGGUCGUCAAUUGAGUUAUCUAUUCUUCUUCCGCAAAAAUAUUCAAAACCUUAAGAUUCGGGUUGAAAUGUUGAAAAACACCAAAGAAUCAGUGCUUCACAAGGUCAAUGAAGCAAGAAGAAAUGCUGAAAACAUAGAAUCUUCUGUCCAAAAUUGGCUAAAUGAGGUUGAUGACAUCAUUGAUAAAUCAGAGACAAUAUUAGCCAAUCAAGCUCAACAAGGUGGAUUGUGCUUGAAUUUGGUCCAAAGACACCAAUUAAGUAGGAGAGCUGUAAAGUUGGGUGAUGAGGUUGUUGAGAUAAAAAAUGAAGGAAAUUUUGAUAGAGUCUCUUAUCGUGUAGCUCUCUCAGAGGUUGAGAGUUCAAAGGCAAGGACUUCAGAUUUUGUUAACUUUGUAUCAAGAAAGCCUAUUAUAGACAAAAUCUUUGGUGCACUUAUGGAUGACAAUGUCUCUAGAAUUGGAGUGUAUGAAAUGGGAGGUGUUGGAAAAACAAUGUUAGUGAAAGAGAUUUCGAGAAUAGUUAUGGAGAAAAAGUUAUUUGAUGAAGUGGUCACGUCGACUAUAAGUCAGACCCUCGACAUAAAAACAAUUCAAGGACAACUUGGAGAUAAGCUUGGGCUGAAAUUUGACCAAGAAACAAACGAAGGAAGGGCCCUUAUGUUACAUAAAAGGUUGAAAAUGGAACAAAGGAUCCUCAUUGUACUUGAUGAUGUUUGGAAGCAAAUUGAUUUAGAAACCAUAGGAAUUCCAAGUAUUGAAGAUCACAGAGGAUGCAAGAUCCUAUUUACCUCUAGAGAUAAUAGUGUACUCUUGAAUGAUAUGUGCAUAGAUAAAAAUUUUGAGAUAGGAGUUUUACAAGAGGAUGAGACGUGGAAUUUAUUCAAGAAAAUGGCUGGUGAGAUUGUUGAAACAUCUUAUUUGAAAAGUAUAGCCGUUGAAAUAGCAAGGGAAUGUGCACAUUUGCCAAUUGCUAUAAUAACGAUCGCCAAGGCAUUGAGAAAUAAACAUUCAUCCAUUUGGAAAGAUGCCUUAAACCAAUUAAGAAAUCCCGUAGUUGUCAAUAUAAAAGGAAUGAAUGAGAAAGUGUAUUCUUCACUCAAGUUAAGUUACGACCAACUAGAUUGUGAAGAGGCCAAAUUAUUGUUUUUGCUCUGUAGCAUGUUCCCAGAAGAUGCUGUAAUUGAUGUGAAAAAAUUACAUGUAUAUGCUAUUGGCCUGGGUUUCUUGCACGGUGUUGACACUAUGGCACAAGCACAACAUAGGAUAGCAAAAUUGGUGGAUGAUCUCAUAUCUUCUUCUUUACUUAUAGAAGACUCAAAUGAUGGUUGGGGUCAUAGAUAUGUUAAAAUGCACGAUCUCAUUCGUGAUGUUGCUAUAUUAAUUGCCUCCAAAGACGAUCGUAUUUGUACACUAAGCUAUUCUAAAGGAUUGGAUGAAUUAUGGCUAGAAAAAAUAAUGUCAGGUAAUCAUACAGUAGUGUACUUAAAUGUUGAAGGGUUGUGUAACAUCCCCCAAAAGUUAAAGUUACCCAAAGUUCAAUUAUUGGUAUUACGUGGAUCAUUGUUGGAUGGAUGUUUGUUGUCGAAUACAUUUUUUGUUCAAUCAAAAGAGCUCAAAAUUCUAGAAUUAAUUAACAUGAAUUUUUCCAUAGAGACGACGCCAUUACUUUUCCCUUUUGCAAACCUCCAAACAUUGUGUUUGUUUAGAUGUAAAUUGGGAAACAUGGAAGCGAUUGGAGACUUAAACAGGCUUGAAUUUCUCAGUUUUAAAGGAUCAAACAUCAUCGAGAUUCCAACGACCAUAAGCCAAUUGACGCGAUUAAAAGUGUUAGAUUUAUCCAUAUGUCUUAAACUAAAGAUAAUUCCACCUAAUAUUCUCUCAAAUUUGAAAAAUCUAGAAGAGUUGUAUUUGGACAGGUUUGAUGGAUGGGAAAGAGAAGAAUUGAAUGAUGGAAGAAGAAAUGCUAGUCUUUCGGAGAUUAGCCACCUUUCUCACUUGUGUGUUUUAGUAUUGUGGAUUCAAGAUGAAAAGAUUAUGCCAAAACAGUUGUUUUCAAGAUUGUUGAAUUUGGAAAAGUUUGUCAUUUCUAUUGGUUGUGGAGCUCUUGGACAUUGGUCAAUGAACAUCUCUAGGGUGUUAUGUUUGAAGAUGGAAACAGGAAGUGACCUUGAUAAUGAGAUAAAUGUGUUGUUAAAGAGAUCUGAAGAAUUGCAUUUAGUAGGAUCAGUUGGUGCGAGAGUUCUCCCGUUUGAGUUAAAGGAAAACCAAUCUUUAGAUUUGAAAAAACUCUAUAUUUAUGACAAUUUAGAGUUUAAAAAUUUGGCCCCUAAGCAAAAAGAUCAUUUCCAAAAAUUUUGGUCCAAAUUGGAGUAUUUAAAAUUGAGCAAAUUGGAGAAUUUGGAGAGUAUAUUUCAUAGUGAUCAUGAUCAUGUUAGAGAAUCUCAAUUCAACAAGUUGAAGGUGAUAAAGUUGUUAGAUUGUAAUAAAUUGGGAAGUCUCUUUUUCGACUCUAUCUUGGAUGAUUUUUUGCAUCUUGAGGAGAUUAAAAUUGUCGAUUGUAAGAUGAUGACAGCAAUCGCUAUAAUGAAAACAGAAAGGGCAAUCGACAAAAUUGAGUUUGUGAAUUUAAAGAUUUUAACUGUAGAGGGUUUACCAAGAAUUCAAAGCUUUCUCUCUAAAACUGAGAAACAGGAACAAUCAUGCACGUUAAGCAACGGUGACUCAUUUUUCAAUGAAUUGGUAUCAUUUCCUAAUUUAGAGAAAUUGAAUAUUGAGGAAGCUCACAAAUUGAAGAUAAUAUUCCAUAGUAUACUCCUUCCUAAUUCAUUCUCCAAGCUUGAAAGUUUACAUAUUGGUAAAUGUAACAACCUUGAAAAGGUUUUUCCUUCCAAUACAAUGUGUAGACUUACAUGUCUUAAACAUUUAAGGAUUGAGAGCUGUAAUUUAUUGGAAGGAGUAUUUGAAGUGCAAGAGCCAAAUGCUCACAACAAGAGCAUUGAUUUGCUUCCAUGUUUGAGGAGGUUGCAAUUAAUUAAAUUGCCAAACCUCCAAUACAUAUGGGAGAAGGAUCCUUGCGAGCUUUUGAAUGUUAAAAGCAUAGAAAAUUUGUCUAUUUGUCAAUGUCCAAAACUCAAAAGAGAAUAUCCAAUUCUUCCUCAACUAGAAAUGCUGGAAAUAGAUUUAAGAGAACCCAAAGAGAUUCCAAGAGAAGAAAAGUCAACACAAAUGUUGGAACUUGAUCAACUAGAGACUUCAAAGAAUUUGACGGAAUUAAAUGUAUCAAGUUGUGGCAUAUUGAAUAUGUCAAUGUCAUCAUCAAUGUCGUUUAGGAAUUUGAGAUCGUUGAUGGUGGAAAAAUGUCAUAAGUUGACCUAUUUGCUACAUCCAUCGGUUGCUAGAAGCAUGGUCCAACUUAUCGAUUUGGUAGUAAAUGAUUGCAAAAGGAUGACUACUGUAAUUGCCAGAGGUGUAGAAGAAGAAAAUGAUGAAAUUCUAUUCAAAAGCUUAUGUCAUAUAAGUCUUGAAGAUUUGCCGAAAUUGACAAGUUUUCAUCAUGGAAAAUGUACCAUUAAGUUUCCAAUAUUGAACAGUAUAAUUCUUGAAGAUUGUCCUGAAAUGAGGGAUUUCUCUCUUGGAAUUGUAAGCACACCAUGUUUGUCAAUGGAAAGAAUUGGAUCAUGUGAUUUUGGAAUCCUUGAAUUUCAUCCAAUCCUUAAAGAUUCAAAAGACAUCAUCGUAGAAGAUAUCAAUAUCACUAUUCGACAAGUUUGGGACAACCAUUACGAUACCAACCUUCCAUAUUUGUUUGAACAAGAGAAUUUGGAGGACGAAAACCAACCUGAUCCUUCUUCAUAUGUUGAGGAAUGAGACUCAUAAUGAUAUCCCAUAGCUUUAUGAGAUUCCAUCAUCCUUAAUAAGAAAAGUUAAUACUUGCUGGGACUGAAUUACGUCGUUUGGAAUUCUUACAUUUUCCAAAGCUGAAAUACUUUGGAAAAGUGAUCAAAGACUUCUCUAUGUAAUGUGUAGUCUAAUAUGGUGAUGGAAGUGCCAACUUUACUUCAAAGAACCAAUCACAAAAGCUCUCAAAUGUUGGUGAAUUUAAUUCAUGAACAAGAAGGAAGGUAAAGUUUCACCAAAUGCCAAGUGAAGAUCACGACCAUGGCGGAGGCUGUUAAGUGAUGAUUGGGAGAGAGAGAGAGAAAUAUAUAAGAAAUUCAUUUCGUAUACCGAUUUCAACACUUUCCCAGGUCGAUUUGUAGCCCAAUUAAGCUGAAAUUUUGAUAGCGUGUUCGUGGUAUAAGGAUCUUCGAUCUAAAUGGUGGAUCGAUUUUUUUUUUCGAGCUAUACACAAACAUAUUGCAACGGGUAGUAGUUUGCCACUUUGAGCAACAUCUUUCUAAUUUAUUCUUUUGCAGGAUUGUUGUUUGUUGUUGGAAUUUCUCAAUUAUCUUGAGAUAUCUAUUAAUUUAUGUUUCUAGUUGUGACAA